GAGAAAGCCCCAUUAUUAUUAAGUUGAAUCGCGAUGAACCAACUGUGUAAGGUGUGUGGAGAACCUGCAGCAGGAUAUCAUUUUGGCGCUUUCACUUGCGAGGGCUGUAAGUCAUUUUUUGGUCGCACAUACAAUAAUCUGUCGGCACUGGGAGAGUGUAAAAACAAUGGUCAGUGCGUUAUCAACAAAAAGAACAGAACCUCCUGUAAGAGCUGUCGGCUCAAGAAGUGUCUGGUCGUCGGUAUGUCUAAGAGUGGUUCCCGUUACGGCCGGCGAUCCAAUUGGUUUAAAAUACAUUGUCUCAUACAAGACCAACAAGAGAUGACAAACCGACUACAAGAACAGGGAGUAAUGGCCACCAAUAGCCAGAUCGCUCACGCGUUUGCCGAAAACAAAGAUCUCUUAUCGCAGUACAAGAGCAGCGACUCAUUCAGGGAAACGAGUAGCGCCUCAUCCGUCCAUCACGGAGUGUCGCCGCGGGCCGCGUCACCCAACUCUAGCGACGGCUCGGUUGGCGGUCACCUAUCAUCGCCUUAUCCGACAAUAUUCGACACCAAACCAAAUGGCUAUUCGUCGUCCCGAUUCGGCACAACCAGUCCAUCAUCAUAUCUGGACGCUCGCAAAGAAGUCAACAACAAUUUCCGAUUGCACGGCUCGCACGGUCUGCCGCUGUCGCCGGUAUCGCCGCUGUCGCCGUUGAGCGCCGCAGCCACUGCUCGCUUCCUAUUUCACAAUUCACACGCCGCGGCCGCCGGCGCACUGUUCGGUAAAGGUAUGAACGGUUUGCACGCCUUUCACGACAUGUCUAAACUGUAUAAUGGAAAUCAUCUGAACUUUGCCGCCUAUCAAUCGAUGGGCCUACCGAUCCAUGCCAUGCAACCGGUGCUCAGCAAAGCCAAUAUCAAAGAACAGACAGACAUCAACCAGAAUAUCGGCGGCGGCGAGUGCUAUGGCGGUGAUGUACCCGAACAGGAGCGGCCAAUUGAUCUCUCGGUCAAAACUAAUACUAAUAUCGGCAACUUAUUGAGUGAGACGGCACUACUCAAAAACCUCAGCAAAUCAUCGAAACAAUCGCUCGGCGAUCACGACUCAGGAUUUUCGCCGAGCAGUAAUGAGGACAACCAUCGCGUCAAUACUUCACCGUUAGAUUUGACGGCCAAACGAUCGACACCCGACCCACCGAUUAAUAAACCAAAUGAUAGACAACAACAUAAGCAGCACUUAGAUAGUGAUGUCGACGAUGAUGAUGAUAAUGAUGACGAUGAUGACGAUGACGAUGAACAGCACAUGGAGUUUAAUAGAGACAACAAAUGACAUUUAAAAUUGUUUUUUUAAAAAAAAUUAGAUUUAUAUAUAUAUUAAAUAAAUAAAUAA